CUGCUAUAGAGCCAUUAGCCAUACAGCUCAAAACUGGUGUUGGUGCCUUCGCUCUCGAUUCAAUCAAUCUAAACCCUAACCCUAUUCAAAACCCUCUUUUUAUUUCUCUCUUUAUCUUCUUCAACUUUUCCUCUCUCUCAUUCGGGAUUUGGCAAUGCGUGUAAAAGCUAUCUUUUGAUCAUUUUCGUGUCUUGCUAUUCAAUUUUUUUAUUUUUAUUUUCCCGUGUUGCUACUAUAUUUUGAUCAAACCCUAAAGUUGUAUUCUUUUUGGGAAACCAGCAUCGGUCUCUUGCGUUCUCGGUUUUAUCACUUCUGUAGGGUUCUGGGUUUUUGUUUUCUCAAUCGGUUUCAGCGCAACUCUUGUUAAAGUUUGCAGCUUUUUGGUUUCUUUCCGUUUGCAGGUAGAUUUCCGGAGACAGUUCCGGUCAGGGACAGGUAGUGCUUUUUAAGAGCUUGAGAGUUCAGAGGCGAUGGUUUCACCAGAUGUGGGUUCAGUCGAGGAUGUUGUUCGUGCAUUAUUAGAGUAUUUGGUUGAUCCUUUGCUACCAGCAAAAUCUUCUUCCCGGAGUACUCCAUCACUUUCUCAGCAGCAGUCAGUUGCAAAGCAGGUGCAUGCUGUUGUGUUACUCUACAACUACUACCACAGGAAACAACACCAGCAGCUGGAGUUUCUAGGUUUUGAACCAUUUUGCAAGUUGGCUGUAGUUCUAAAACCGAGUCUGUUGUCACAUAUGAAGCUUAUGCAGAUUUUGAAAACUGGUGAAUUGGAUGACCUGGAAAAUCACCUUUCAGCCACAGAGAAAAUGGUCAUGGAUGCUUGUGAUAUAUCGACUAGUCUAAAUGCAUCAAAAGAUGUUCCUAACACAGAGGGAUGGCCAAUCUCCAAGGUCACAGUUUUUCUAGUUGAUUCUAGGAAGGAGAACUGUGUGCUGCUAUUCAGUUCUGUUACCCAAGGGGUUUGGUCAGUUAUUGAGAAGGAUGUUGAUGCCACUAAUCACAGUUUGGAAGGUGUGAAACAGAUAUACAGAAAGAAACGGACCACUAAAAAAUCUACAAGAGAUGAAACAGGCAGUGAUGAAGCUAGCUUGCAGCAACUUGCAUUUUCUGCUGUUAAGAAAGCAGCAGGCAUCAGUCAGGCUGAUCUUAUGGUUUUGGAGAGCCAUGUUGUAUAUUCUUUAAGCAAAGAAAGGACAGCUUGUCGCUUUUACAUAAUGCAGUGCACCCAAUCAAUCAAUGAGGAUAUCAGUCAAAUUCCCAUUAACGAGGCGAUUGACAGCUUGCAAGGCCCGUUGGUUAAGAACAGUUCCUGCAGUUGGACGGUGACCUCAGUUGUUGAGUAUUUCCAUGUGCUUCCAUAUAAAGGGAUUUUAUCAGAUUGGCUUUCUAGGGGAGUAUUCUCAAACAGUUUGCAGGAUUUAAGGGUGGGAUUGGGAAACGAAAAAUUAAACAGCACUCAGAGGACAGCAGAACCUUUGGAUGCAGAAGUUAAGAGAAACAGCAAUGAGUCUCAUAGUAACUGUGGCAGAGUAGAUGUUCUUGGCAAUGAGAAUAUGAAUGCAGAUAACCCUUGCAUGGUUUGCCCCCAAAAUGAAGAUGAUGCAGAAGUUAAUAAGAAAAGAGUUGGAUCUGAUAGGUACUUGAGCACAGCAGAUGUUCUUGGCAACAAAUCAAGUGGCACUGACACUGAAUCUCCCAGAUGGAAAUACAGUAAUAAUGAAAGCAGAAGUAAGAGCCUUCCUAAUUCAGUCGAAGUCAACCUUCACCAGAAAGAGAUGACUCUGUUUACAGCCAGGGAUCUAAAUGCUGCAGCAACUGGUGCUAUGGCCAAGCAGGAGGGGAUUGCUAACUCUGUGAUGACACCAUGCACGACUAGCUGUAGAGGUGAGAAGGUUGCCAACGGAGGAGAGAUCUGCAACUUUAUCAUGCCAGAUCAGGAUGGAAUGCUGAUAGAAGAUAGGGCGCUGGUUACUUACGAGUCCAACUCUGAACAUCUUGACAAACUUCAAAUUACUAUUGCUUCAAAGGAAAAAUUAUUGUCACAAACUGCCCUGAAAGUUCUUCUCAGAAAAAGGGAUAGACUGUCUCAUCAGCAACGCAAAUUAGAAGAUGAGAUUGCACAAUGUGAUAAAAAUAUUCAGACAAUUUUAGAUGGGCGAUGUUCUGAAGUCAGAGCACUAUCAUGGUUGGCAGCCCAUAGGAAAGUAAAUGCCAAUUAUAAACGUUGAUUCAGAAGGUGACGCAAAUUCUUUCCUGGGAACUUUGUUGUGCUUUUGAAAGGAGGAUGGAGAGUUGGCCAUAAAGAAACAAGUGGAAAAUCAGUAGAUCACUUAGUUAUCCAUUGCCCUUCUCCCAUGCAGUGUGGAAAAGGCUGUUUUCUUAGGCAGAAAUCUCUUGGACUGGCUCUGAAACAAAAUAAUAGUAAAGCUGGAAAUUCACUGGGGAAGUGUAGGUGAAGAUUGUAGAGGAAUGCUAGGGGCUGAGGAUAAGACAGAAUCUUUAGAGGUGUCUGGUAGAAGUCCUUUUCCUCUCUUUGGCUUCCGUCGUCCAAAAAUUGUUAUGGAAUCCCUUAGUAUCCUUAUGUCAUAUUGGAGGAUGUGGCAUUUCUACCAUUAACUUACAAUCCUGAUUUCUUUCCCUUGGUGGACAAUUCCAUAUAACCAUCUUAAUGUAUUGUUGAAUGAUUUAGGGAAUCCAGGUUGGAAAGAAAUGGGUUAUCAUCAGGAAUCAUAUAGGAGAGGCCAUUUUAGCUUUUACUUUAGAGAAGCGGGGAGGGCUUCUGUAGAUGCAAAAGUUCUUGUCUGUAUCAGAAGGUCUUAGAGAGUGAAUCUUUAGGUUUGAGCUAGUUUUUGAUAGACUGGGACUCACUGCUCGUUAUUUCCUGGGUAAGGGAGAGCAGAUGUGAAUCCUUGAUAUGCACCCAUCUCAUGAAGUCCUGACUAAAUAUGUCAGGUCUGUGUGGAGUUUACAUGGUUGUCUUAAGGUAAAACAUGAAAUUGGCAUCCUAUAAACAAGGAGCCCUUUUUUUCAAACUGGAUCAGUAAAACUAUAAGCAAACUUUUAGCUGAAGAAGCAGCAGAUUUCAUAUCAGAUUUGAUAAAUCAAAUGUUAUUCCAUGGUCAUCUUUGUUAUCAAUCCUGGAUUCCUAGACCACUUGGGCAGCAGCUAAAGUUGGAAAGAUUGGUGGGUUUGGAUAAUGUCUUAAGUGAUAUUGUAACAUGCCUGGAAGCAAUCUAAACCACUUUCCUUGGUCAUCUUCUAUAUAUGCUAGGGACAUUAUCUUAUUCGAACCUUCUAUGUAACAUUGUCUGAGAAAUGAAAUUUGUAGUAUGACAGUUUUAUGAUAGAAAUGAGAAAUUUUUGGUCCAGCUUUUGGAAAUUGGAUCUCUGCCCACCCUUCAUCCCACAGUGAUCCAUAGCAGCCAUCAAUAAAUGCAAAGAAUCUAAACUUAUAUUUUUGUCUUUCUCUACU